UCCAAAUGCUGAGGAAGAUGGAAGAGGGAAGAGGGAAGAUGAAACUCUUCCGCCCUAAGAAGUGCUCUUAGUUUGAAACUAAUUUGUGAUAACUUGGACGUCAGUUGCUGUAUGUAUCACCUGAAGUGCAAAUAGGACUUGGAAUCAAAUCAAUCGGAGAAAAAAAAGAAAAGGCUAAAAGUUAGGGUUUCUGUUUACGUGCUUGGUGUAACUGCGGGAAGUACGUUUGAUCUCUAUAAUUUUAAAGCAAGUUUUGUUUGAAAAGAAAACCCUAUUGAAAUGGAUGCGAAAUCUCUAGCAAGGUCAAAAAGAGCUCACACUCAACACCAUCAAAACAAAAAACCUCAUCCAAAUCAAAAAUCAAAAGGUCCUUUAAUUGUUACUCCAACAGAGGGAAAUACAAAGAAUCCAUCUGGUAAACCAAAAUCAAGUCCAUUCCAGGGUUCUUCUGGGCUUCCUUCAAAUUGGGAUCGGUAUGAGGAUGAGUUUGAAUCGGGUGCAGAACUCAUUAGUGGUGGUGCUGGUGCUGGUGAUGAUGUUGUUAAGCCAAAGAGUAAAGGGGCAGAUUUCAGUUACUUAAUUUCUGAGGCUCAAUCUCAGUCUAGUUGUAGUUUGGAUUGCUUUAAUUCUUUCUAUGAUGCUCUUCCUGAUUUUGACAAGGCAGUCAGCUCGAUGCUUUCUGUCAGGGGAGAGAGUGUGUUGUCAUGGAUUGGUGAUGAUAAUUUCGUUGUUGAUGACAAUGCAAGUUCAGGUUACGAGGCAGCUUCACUCUCCAUGGAUCUGCAUGCCCUUGCUGCGCAACUAGAAAAGAUUGAUAUUUCACGAAGGCUGUUGAUUGAAGCAGAUCUGCUACCUCCAGAGCUGUGUGCAGGUGGGUUGGACGACCAUAUCAGUCGGGAACUUGAGCAAGUACAACUGGGUAUAAGUGGAAAUACUGAUGGACACAUUGAUGUGGAUGAAAGUACCUCUCACAAUGCUGAAGCUAUGCCGCCUUCGACUCUAAGUAGAAGUUCGUCCUCUACAAAUGAUGAAAAUCUAGUCCCGGUUAUCCACUGUAAAGGGGCGGAACUCUUAAAUCCAGGGGUGGAUGAUUUACAGAUGUUAGAUUCUAAUUUGAGUAUAACAAUGGACUCCAUGAAACGAGCCGAGUUUUGUCCUGUUCCAUGCUCAGAAGAUAAAGCCGUAAAAUUUGAGGCUGCUGCAGCAGAUGCGGAGCUUGAUACUCUUCUAGACUCAUUGGGUGAAAUGGAUAUACUCAGUUCCACCUCUAGCAUCAGUAAUUACCCAGUUGCAAACCAGGUCAAUCCAACAUUCAUUGGCGGAUUUGCUGCAGGAAAUUCCAAUUCACAACCUAAUUCUAGACUAGGUUCCAGGUCUAGUAUUAGUAGGGUAACCAUGAAUAUUGAUAUAGAUGACACAGUUGAUGACUUACUCGGUGGAACGUCAAAUAUGAAAAACCAUGAGAAUUCAGUUAUGCUACCAAGACAAGAAGUAACAAGUGAUGUUCUUCCUUUGGCUGCUCCCUCUAAUUCGGCAUCUUCCUCACAUUCUAGCUCAAAACUGUUGGAUGACUUUGAUUCAUGGUUGGAUACAAUUUGAACUGUAAUGUAACAUGAAAGUUUUCAUGAGGAUCACUUUUUAUAAAGAUCUGUUUCCCGUUUUACAAG